GCAACAACUUGGUGAAGAUGGAAGUGGAGAGUAAACAUCGGAAUUUUCUAUCCAAAGAGCGCAAACGUUUAUAACACAGGCAUAGGGUUCGAUAGAGCAUCAGAACAAUAUGGAUUACUUUCAAAUGCUACAUAAACGAUACAACAUCCAUCGAGUAGUAAUCCAUCAGACAAGUGCCCAGCUCGCUGGCUCUCGUCACAGGUCCUCCAAAAAGUUCCCGGAACAAAGAGCCAAAACGUCCUCGAGCCCUCCACAAGGAAGAGCAUGUUCUCAGUCAAACGAGCGGGCACCGAAGUCAUCGAGUGGAUUUGAAGGAUGUGGCAUGUGUAAACAUGCGAGACUCGAGUUAGUACCUAUAAAAUAGAU